AUGGCGAUGGACACUGAACAGCCCGUUAUAUGCAUCAGAUAUCGCGCCGCCUGGCCUUCUCUUCCUCGACUGCCCCUAGACAAUUCACGAACCCAACUACCGUCCAGUAUCCAGGAUCGACAAGGCCAAAUCUUUGAUAGAGUUGAGAGGAUCCUCCAAAAGAACAACAUCCUAGAGCCAGAGACUGAAAUCGAACUGGUCGUACGCCGAAUGAACCCAACUGUCUUGAUUAAAUCACCAUGGAAGCAAGACAGCAAGACAAAGUGGGCACAAGCAGUUGAACAAAUCGUGGAUGCCAUGAAGGAACAUUUCCCAAGCGCAAUCGAAAGAGGCCUUCACAUUGAGAUGAUAGCGCCGCAAAAGUACGAGACGGUGUACAUCGGCGAGGUCGAGGAAGAUGUGCCAUGGGAUGACAUUCGAGCUGUUGCGAAGCGCCAUCUCGACUCCUCCUACGCAACACGCAACUUUCUAAACACUCUCGCCCUCACUAGAAGAGGCUUCUCCAAGCCUGAAGAAAACCCGAUCACCGUGUACAUUGGAUGCCUUGAAGAUUCCGAUGAGACCAAGUGGGAUGGCAUUAUUGAUGGAAUCGAGUCUGAGUUUCGUGCGCGGGGAUGGAUGGACAUUGUUGCCUUUGGAUCAUGGAUACAUGAUAUAUCAGGAAAAGAUACCGGAGAAUGUGCAGCCAGCGGGCGUUGGAUGGUGGAAUCCCACUUGAGUUUCAGCGUCAAGAGAAGGUGGCGGGAUAGCACAGCACUGGCCUCGGGGAGCAAGAAAACACAAGACCUUCUCAUAUAG